GAAGUGAAAUUUCCUUUCAAAUGAGCAGCACUACGAUAGAGUUGAGCCACUUGUAAGCACGCCAGCUGUUAUCAAAGGUCCACAAAAGAAGAAAUCUUCGAAAGGAACACCUCCCCUCCCCCCCAUGUGUAGCUCCAUUUUUUACGAACAAGUUUAUGUAUAUAUGUAUAAACCUGCUUGAUCAGUUUGCAUUCAUGUUGCACUGGGGAAGUUUCGCGCUUCUUUUCGAUUAGCCUUACCGCCAAACAUUAUUUUUUUGUGUGUAAAAAGGCGGGACUUUUUUUAAAAUGUGGCACAGAGGAGUCCUGACCUUGCUUUGCAAUUCAUGUCGGUAUGUUAUUCACAGAUGGCACGUUCCGUUACUUGGAGUCGAUUGCAAUGCCAACCCGAGACACAAACAAGUUUUAUCAAACCCAGCCCCCAGGUCUAGAGGAAUUCCCAAGUAUUUAGAGAAGUACAUUUUUUACAAGCAAGCGCCGAGGAACCCAAAAUAUAAAUCGCAGUUUAUUAAUAUGUAUACAGCAGGUCGGAAGUACAGACAACAGAUUAAGAAAACUGGUUAGGUGGAGGAUCGUGGACACGAAAGGUUUCACUUCCCCCCGACCGAUUCGCUUUUUGC